AUGGAUCACAGCCUGUUUGGCUGCCUCCGCGGCCCCCCGGGGCCCCACGCCCCCACGCAGGGCCUGCAUUCGGCCUUUGCCCAGUCGCCGCUGGCGCCGCACGGACACUCCGAGCGCGGAGUCUCGUACCCGGAGCUGCCGGGGGCCUCCCCGCCCUGCGCGCUGCCGGGGUACCCGGGCGAAGGGGCCGUCUUUGGCGGGCAGCUCCACCGGGGCCACCACCACCCUCCUCCGCAGUCGCAGCCGCACGCGCCCGGGUGGCACGUCUCCCAGAUGCCCUCGCCUCCGCCCCCGCGGAGCGGCGCCCGGCACGGCCCGUGCGCCCCGCCCCCCGGCCCCUCGUCCCCGGACCUGCGCUCCGGAACCCCGACGACGACCCCGGCCGACCCCGACAGGAGGAACGGCAAGCGGAAAAGCGACAGCUCAGACUCGCAGGACGGCAGUUACAAGUGCGACGCGAGCAGCAAACCCAGGAAGGAGCGGACGGCGUUCACCAAGGAGCAGAUCCGCGAGCUCGAGGCCGAGUUCUCGCACCACAACUACCUGACGCGGCUGCGGCGAUACGAAAUAGCGGUGAACCUUGACCUCACGGAGAGACAGGUGAAGGUCUGGUUCCAGAACAGGAGGAUGAAGUGGAAGCGGGUUAAGGGCGGGCAGCAAGGUGCGCUGGCGCGGGAGAAGGAACUGGUCAAUGUGAAGAAGGGAACCCUCCUGCCAUCCGAGUUCUCCAACAUUGCUGGCAUCCAGCACCCUGCGGACUCCCUGGUCAACGACGACAGUCGCGACAGUGACCAGAGCGCCGAGCACGCUCACUUAUGACAGCAAGCCGGCCUCCCGCAGCGGAGUUCGCCGACCUACUCAGGAACUGACGACUGUCAGCGGUCGAGAAAGAGUGAC